AUGGCCACCUUCAAGCUCAUUUACACAAUUGCUUUCCUUCUUGCAAUAGUCUUUUCUUAUGGGAUUAUUGCCACUGAGGGAACUAGGCAGUUGAGGACACAGAACAUUAAGAAAUGUGAUCAGAAUCACGUAGCUAUUUGUGAGAAAAUUGUUAGGGAAAUGAGAAAUAGUCUCAAUCACUUGCGCCGUGGCAUUUUAGACCAUGAAGCUGCAGGUACUGAACCUGCACCACCAGCUGGUAGUGGUCAAACUCAUGUUGAAGAAAGCAGAACUGAUGAUUUCCGACCCACUGAUCCAGGUCACAGUCCUGGUGCUGGUCACUCCAAAGGAUCUCAAAGCGUGGAUCCAAACGAGUAG